AUGAGCCUCAGCACCGUCGAGCCUAUCCAUGCGGUCUCUGUAUCACAUCUGCUCGAAGCGGAAGCAAACGAGCUUGUGGACGAUGUCGAGGAAAUCUGGGACAGUCCGCAGAGCGCUGCGUCAGGUGAUGAGCUUUCUUGUAUCUCCAUCGACAGCCCUACCUUUACAGCUACGACCUCCGAUCUCGACCUGGCUCGUUCGUCCACACCGUGGUCUCUGUCACUCCCGUGGGUACCAGGUGGCUCACUUGAAGAGAAUGAUCUCUUCUAUCAUUACAUCUCCGCCCUCGCGCCUGUCAUGACCCCAAUCGACGACGAACACAACCCAUGGAACUCGACGUAUCCGCGUCUGGCGAUACAAUGGCAGACCUCCCCAGCCGCGUGCUCCUUGCUUCAUGCCAUCUUGGCACAGUCGGCCUUCCAAAGGGCGAACUUGAGCCAGGCGUCAUCCUCUAAAUAUCUGCGUGUGGGAACCCGAAACUAUGUACUCGCUCUGCGACAUCUGCGGCACAGUCUCGACAGCCCGACUGAAGAUUUUUCUACUAACCUUGCCGCGAUGCUAACAGUGACCAUUGCUGGUCACUGCUUCGAGGGACAGUCCGCAGGACUGACCCACCACGUUGAAGGUGCCAUUCAAUAUGUGAAACAGCACCUAGCUCGAAGACCCUGGACUGUCUCGCACGACGCCUGGGUCAUAACGCAGAGUUUCGUGCUGCAUGGACUCAUAUCUCGGACUACUAAAGUAGAUCGAUCAGACGCAGUUGCUUCCCGUGCCUCCAAUCGAAAGAAGUACAACUUCCAAGAUACAUUGGAUGAAGUCAUUGCCGAUGUGAUGGCCAAUCCGACUUUCGCGUACACUGUGGGAAGUACACCACACUUCAUGAAAGCACUGUACCAGGCACGACAACUCGAAUCGGAGCUUUCUGGCUCACAGGGUCCUCCUCAGGGUCGUCUGUCCAUAGCACAACUCGUCCAGGUCAGCAAUAUUCUUGCUGAUCUCAACGCGCCAAUGGAACCAGACAUCGAGCUGUAUUUGAGCAGACAGCAGGAACGAUGGAUACAACAGCCUAGCUGUGAGCCAACAUGCACCCUCGAGGAAAGGUGGCGAUACAUCAUUGCGAAGAAUUUGUGCUUGUUCAAGUCAGGUAUCGAAAUCUACCUAUUCCGUGUGGUGCUACAAUAUCCGCCGUCCGCCGUGGCACCGCAAGUCUUGUCAACGCUACAGACAGCCGCAGAGCUGCUGGAGCCCCUAGACCGUGCCGCUUCCGUAUCUAUCUGGCCCAUUUUCAUUGCGGCCGUCGAAGCAUACGAGCCGGUGGCUCAAGAUCUGGCUGACGCCGCUCUCCAGGUCUGUUCUUCGUUGGGUGCAGUCAAUCGAAAGACUGCACACGACAUCGUGAAGACCGUCUGGGCACGACGCGAGGGUAUUGCAGCCGAACGCGACUGCCAUGUUGGUGACGUGCAACUUGACUGGCGGGAUGUGCUGGCCGACUUGAAUAUUGACAUUCUCCUGCUCUGA